AUCUGACACCAACUCUUUGUAUUAAAAUCUAUCUCACGCUACUACAAUGACAAUACCUUCGUUCGAGACUACCUUCGCGGUGCCGCUGACUUGCGAUGCGUGCAUCCAAGAUGUCUCAGUCGCUCUCUACAAGCUCAGCGGAAUAAACAAGGUUAUUGCGUCGCUUCAGGACCAAAUUGUGUCCAUUGAAGGCACAGCAGCACCCUCGGCGAUAGUAGCUGCAAUUCAAGAAACGGGUCGGGAUGCCAUUCUACGUGGCAGUGGAAAAUCAGAUAGCGCCGCCGUAUGCAUCUUAGAGUCGCAUGCCCCUCACGUGGAGAACAAGGUGCGGGGACUGGUGCGCAUGGUCCAAGUUGCCGCCAAUCUAACCAUUGUGGACCUCACUCUCAGGGGACUAUCUCCUGGAACUUACCACGCUACUGUUCGAGAAACCGGGGACAUUUCAGAAGGUCCAGAGUCUACGGGCGGUAUAUGGGAGGCUGACAAGGCUAUGCAAGAUGGUACCCCAUGUCGAGCCGUAUUUGGGACGGUCGAAGUUGGGAAGAGCGGCAUCGGUACCGUCUUCUUGGACAAGCCGAUUCAGAUCUGGGAGAUGAUCGGCCGAAGCAUUGUGGUAGCGAGACAUCAGGAUGGGAAAUUUGAUAAGAAUGAUGCAGACACCAUUGUGGGGGUCAUUGCGAGGAGCGCUGGUGUUUGGGAUAACGAAAAAACAGUUUGCUCGUGCUCUGGUCAAACCAUAUGGCAGGAGAGAAAGGAGCAAGUUGAUAGGGGUAUGCUGUGAAAGAUGGAAACACAGCCAACAUGAGGCUUGCAACAAGCAAGAAUGAAGUUCUUCUCGGCGUGCCUAAUCGCCUUAUCAGACCGGCAGGCGAGCAAUUUCAAUUCAGG